AUGCAUCGAGUAAACAUACGGCCUUGUAGCUAUGCCAAGGGCAUCACUUGGACCGCACGAUGGGAGCUCUCGAAUCGGCCGUCGAGAGUGAGGUCGGUUUCCAAACAGAGCACUACAGAUAACGCCCAGAGCCCUGGCGCUCUCACAGGGUUGAAGAUUCUGGACAUUUCCCGAGUGUUGGCAGCUCCAUUUUGCACACAAAUCCUUGCGGACUAUGGUGCAGAUGUGAUUAAAGUCGAAACAGUUGGUAAAGGAGAUGAUACCAGACAUUGGAUGAUGCCAGGAGAGACCGAGAAAUGGAAGAAAGCUGCCGGUCCCAUGUCGAAUUAUUUCUCGGCCGUAAACCGCAACAAGCGAUCAAUCACCCUUGAUUUAAAGCAGCGUGAAGGAAAAGAGAUUCUAAAGAAGCUAGCGGGAAAUGCAGAUGUCUUGAUUGAGAACUUCAAACCUGGCACUAUGGACCGAUUGGGCCUAGGAUAUGAAAGCCUCCAAAAAGAGAACCCGAGGUUGAUAUUUGCGAGUAUUUCAGGCUAUGGCACGACUGGUCCAUACGCCAACCGAGGAGGAUACGACCCGAUAGCAGCAGCGGAAGCAGGCCUUCUUCAUAUCACUGGCGAAAGGUAUGGCUCUCCUGUACGCACUGGAAUUGGCAUGGUCGACAUGGCAACUGGCCUGUAUCUCCAUGGCGCCAUACUCGCUGCUGUUUAUGCCCGCGACCGCGAUGGGACUGGCCAAAGAGUGGACACGUCACUGUUCGAGGCCCAAAUCAGCCUGUUGACCAAUGUCGGGCUUUCCUGGCUGAAUUUGGGUAUCGAGGCACAGCGCUGGGGUUGUCAACAUCCUAGUAUCGCCCCCUACGACGCUUUUCAGACUAAAGAUGCAUAUCUUGUCUGUGGCGCAACCAACGACGCCCAAUUUGUAGCUCUUUGCAAGCUUCUGGGCCUUGAAGAUCUAAUCACAGAUGAACGUUUUGCGACGAAUCCUAAGCGAGUGGAAAAUCGUCAUCUGCUGGGUCCGAUCUUCAAUCAGGUUUUCCUGACGCGAACGACGAAGGAGUGGAUAUCUGUGUUUGACAAAACGGGUCUGCCGUUUGGUCCGAUUAAUAACAUGGAACGAGCAUUUGAACAUCCGCAGACUGUAGCACGGGAUAUGAUAUCCCAUGUGAGACUGGACGCGGCGGAGUCGGGCGAGAUACGACUCAUUGGGCCGGCGGUGAAGUUCAGUCGAACGAGGACGAGCUUGCAGCGAGCACCUCCUCGCCUUGGGGAACAUACGUCGGACUUGUUAGAGGAGCUGGGUAUAGAAAAACAGGAGGCAGCGAACUUAAAGAAGAAGGGAGUCAUUUAG